AUGAAGGUCGCACUGACAGUGACAGAGAGCCAAUUGGAAGACUGGGUCAAUGAUGUAAAGGAGUGGGCAGACGUAAUACAUUUAGUUGUAAUUAAUUGUAAUUGUUACUCUUGUUGUAAUUUCUUCUCAGCUACAACAACAACCACCACAAGUGAUGUUGAUGCUUUGGCCAGCAGAAUUGAGGUGCUGGUGGCGAGUAUCAAGAGGCGUUCCCAGCGUCUCUAUAAAGAUACAGAUGGCAACAAAGGUCGUGCCAGGAUCCGCCGCAAGAUCAGGGAAGAGAAGGGGAUCCUGACAUCGGUUGUGGAGAAAUACAACAUAAUGGUUCCAAAAACAGAAACUCCGUGCUUGGAAACCAUUUUGCCUGGUGAGACAGCUUGGCCAUGGCAGCUACCACACAGUGACACUGUUGAUUUAAGGACAAAAAGAAAGGCAUUCGACAUCAUCAUGUCACUAAGGCGACUUCAGGAGGAGCAGAAAAUUGUUGUUGCAGAGAUGAAUCAACAUUGGAAAUAUCUUUCAACUCGUGCAGAGACCCUCCGAGAACUGUCCUGCUUGUUUGCCAGCGAGAGUCUGAAAAAUUCACAAUGUGGCCUAAGUGAAGAAGGUUUAAAAGGUCUGCAGAGCAUCAUCCACAGAAAGCAACAUAAAAUCAGAGAUAUGAGGGUACUGUUACCUGCAUGUUUUGUCUGGAGCUGAGAACAUCAACUUUUUA